AUGGAUGAGGAUGGGGAUGAAGAUGGUGAGGAGGAUGGAGGUGGAGAUGGCGAAGGUUGUGAUUGUGAUUCAUUGACAUGUGAUGGGGAUGGGGAUAAAACUUGGGAUGGAGAUGGGGAUGGAGGUAGUGAUGGAGUUGCAGGUGGGGAUGGAGGUAGAGAAGAGGAUAAAGAUGGAGAAUGGGUUGGUAUUGGUUCAUUGACAUGUGGUGUGAAAAAGGAUGGGGAUAUAUAUGGAGGUUUUGAUGAUGAUGGAGAUGAAGAUGGGGAUGAGGAUGUAAAGGGAGGUAGGGAUGGGGAUGAAGAAGGUGGUAGUAGUGAAGAUGUGGAUGUGGGUGGAUAUGAAAAAGAAGAUGGAGGUGUGGAUGGGGAUGGGGAUGUGAAAGGAGAUGGAGACAGAGAUGGAGAAGGUGGUGGCAAUGGCUCAUAG